GCGUUUUUCCAGUGGCCAUAAAUUUGUGUGGGUCUAUUUCUAGAGUUUUAUUACCGAUUGUUGAUUCUUGAAAGAUAAAAUCGAUCUUUUCUCCAAAUCAAACGAUUCGAUUAUUUUGUUAUAAUAUCGUAUCGUUUGCAGGCCUAGACUCUAGAGACAACCACCAAUACGGGCUGAGUCACAAUAACUAGAUUAAUUACGAAAAAUAUUGUUUUUUUUUAGUGAAUUCCUCAAUUUAACAGUUUUUUUUUGUCAAUAUUGAAUAAUUGAGAUUUUUGUAAAUUCAAUAUGUCGUAUCAACAAGGAAUAAUGCCAGAUCAAUCAUUUCUUUGGGAUGUGUUUCAAAGAGUUGAUAAAGACCGAAGCGGACAUAUUUCUGCCGAUGAACUUCAAGUAGCCCUUUCCAAUGGCACCUGGUCUGCAUUCAAUCCCGAAACAGUCCGCUUGAUGAUUGGAAUGUUUGAUCGCGAAAACCGAGGAACAGUUUCAUUUCAAGAUUUUGGAGCACUUUGGAAAUAUGUAACCGAUUGGCAAAAUUGUUUUCGAUCCUUUGACAGAGACAAUUCCGGAAAUAUUGAUAAACAUGAACUAAAGACUGCGCUUACAUCAUUUGGUUAUCGCCUUUCCGACCACCUUGUUGAAGUUCUUUUACGUAAAUUCGAUCGAUUUGGUCGUGGGACUAUUCUUUUUGACGAUUUUAUUCAAUGUUGCAUUGUCCUCUAUACUCUUACAACAGCGUUUAGACAGCACGAUACGGACAUGGAUGGAGUCAUCACUAUUCACUAUGAACAAUUUUUAAGCAUGGUGUUCUCUCUUAAAAUUUAAUUUAAUAAAAAUUAAGAACAAUAAAAAUAAUCAUUUGGAUGUUAAAUGUAAAUAGUAAAUUUGGUUAAAUAUCAAGAAUGCUUAAUUGCCAAAUUGAAUCUAGUAACCUCAAACUUUUAAAAUAUACUUAAUAUAUAAACAUAUUUUUAUUAUUAAAACAAAUUAAAAACCUUUAUAAUAAAUAAAAGUUAUAUAAAAUGCCUUAC